CUACCACCAACACGGACAGAAUCAAUCCAUCUCUUUCCUUGACCAGAUCGCCUCCUACCACAUGGUACUGGUAGACCUACAUAUACGCCUCACUGGCGUGUUCUGACCAGAGCUAGCACCAGGCUUGACCAAUCCACCGAGAAAUCAACAGGAACAGGCUACCUUCUCCUUGUCUUUCUUCUUCUUCUUAGCAGGAUUUCCUAGUAUUUAUUUUUGGCUUUGGUCAAGAGGAAUGGAGCGUGGCGACUGAAUCAGGCAUCGAUUAGCAGUUCUGCUCUGCAGCCGCUGGGGUCGAGUGAAUCAAUCAGGAGCUUCAACUUGUCACCAAUGGAGGCCAUGACCCGAAAAGGCGGCGCCAAGCCCAUCCCCAGCUACCUCCGGCCAUCGACCGGGUCGUGCCACGAUGCGUGCAAGCACGGCGGGCAUCACGCGUUCGAGGAGAAACAAGUUCCAAGGGCCCAGCCCAAACCCCGGAAGAAGCAGCCGUCAUCGGCUUCCGAUGACCAGAAGCAGAAGAGAAGGCUGGUCAAGGUACCGUCGGUGUCACGUAGGCGUGUCGGAGAUUUCAGCAAACCCGACAAGGCCGAUACGCCUGCCGGUGGGAGCGAGAAUGUUGUUGAGUGGAAGGACAUCGUGGCCUAUGAUGCAGUGCCAGUUCAAGCUCAAGCUCAAGCUCCAGCUCCCGCUCCGGCUCCGGACGACGGGCCAUCUCAUCAACAACCUGAUGCGAAGAAGAAGAAGAAGAAGAGGGAUGUGAUGAAGGGGAAAACACCAUUUGCCAAGACAACCCGUCCGGAGACUCUUGUCAAGAAGCCAACCGAAUCACUGAACAAAAGGCUGGCUAAGACCGUCAGGUCGACGCUCUCCGGGAAAUCCUCCAUGAAGAAGCCUCAAGCCGCCGCUGACAAGGAGGAGGCUGGCAAGAGCACACAGAGUCCGAAAGCCAAGAAAUCCGCGACAUUGCCCGUGGAAAACAGGGAUAUUGUCCAGGGUGACGCAAGUGAAAGUGACCAAGAAGAGCGUGCUGCCAUUGCUGAAUCAAGCAGGCCCAUCCCAGCACACCGGAGGGCCAAGAGCAUGAGCAUCAGCAGCCGGUCAGUGCGCUUUCCGUUCACCCGACAACCGAGCAAGAACUCGGCCACCUUCAAGCUGCGCUCCAAGAGCAGCAAGGCGCCCAUCCUCCCAUCGCAACAAGACAAGCCCACGCGGCUCAGGUUCAGAAAAAAGGGGAGAGCAGCCGGCGAGGAGCCCAGCUCCAGCUCCAGCGGCGGCAUCCAGCUCAGGGCAAGGAGCCUGCGGAGGCGCCUGUCCGGUGGCGGUGGCACGGGCUUCGACUUCGUGGUGCCGAAGGUGACGCUGAGGCACCAAAAGACGCUCGAGAAGAAGAAGAGCCGGAGGCUGUCCAACAACCUCAUCCAGGAGACGGCGAGCAAGCUGGCCAAGAGCAGGGUCAAGUCCCUGGUUGGGGCUUUCGAAACUCUCAUCUCCAAGAUUGCAAAGUAGGCUUCGGCACACGUUUUGUUCCUAAUGUAAUUUUACCAAACAAACUGUAUACGAUGAUCCAGUGGAAGCACUUCAUCUUCAGCGUCUUGCAAACUUGACUUAA